GUGUUUUUUUCAGUCGGUGUUGUAGCGAGCCAAGCUAACUAUAACAAGGUUUAAACAGGGCUGUUCAUGUGGAUAAAUUGGUACCAGAUUGUCAAGAUGAUUCCGUCUGCACCGUGAAUUGCCAAAUAUGUUGGCAGAGAAAUAUUCAUUGUCACCGUCGAUUAGAAAAAGACGUCGCGGACAAAACACAAGCUAAAACAACAGUAAGCUGAAUAGUAUGCUGGACGUGGGGAAGUGGCCAGUGUUUGCACUCCUUCCUCCUGAGGAACUGCGGCUUAUCCGGCAGGCUUGUGUCUUUGGCAGCGCCGCAAAUGAAGCCCUCUAUGUCACAGUUAAUGAUGAGGUCUUUGCUCUGGGCACAAACUGCAGUGGUUGUUUAGGGCUCGGAGACCUUCAAAGCACUAUUGAGCCACGGAGGAUUGAUGUUUUGUGUGGAAAGAAGAUUGUGUCCCUAAGCUACGGAACAGGGCCGCAUGUGGUUAUCGCAACUGCAGAUGGGGAGGUGUUUGCUUGGGGACACAAUGGCUACAGCCAACUGGGCAACGGUACCACCAACCAUGGUCUGACCCCGGCUCUGGUGUCCACGAACCUGCUCAGCAAGAGAGUAACAGACGUGGCCUGUGGCUCCCACCACACCAUCGCCCUCACCACUGAUGGAGAGGUUUACGCGUGGGGUUAUAACAACUCAGGUCAAGUGGGUUCGGGGUCUACAGCCAACCAGCCAACGCCACGCAGGGUGAGCAGCUGCCUCCAGAACAAAGUGGUGGUUAACAUCGCCUGCGGUCAGCUCUGCUCCAUGGCCGUACUGGACAACGGAGAGAUUUACGGCUGGGGCUACAACUGCAACGGACAGCUAGGUUUAGGAAACAAUGGAAAUCAGCAGACCCCGUGCAGGAUCGCUGCUCUCCAGGGAGUCAACAUUGUGCAGGUUGCUUGUGGAUAUGCGCAUACGUUAGCUCUAACAGACGAGGGGCUUGUUUACGCCUGGGGAGCCAACUCGUACGGCCAGUUGGGAACAGGCAACAAGAGCAACCAAGCUCUUCCCACACUAAUAAACACAGAGAAGGAGAGGAUGGUGGAGGUGGCAGCGUGUCACACCAGCCACACAUCUGCUGCCAAGACCCAGAGUGGGCAGGUCCUGAUGUGGGGUCAGUGUCGAGGUCAAGCCGUGGCCAGCCCCCACCUCACCCAUUUCAGCAGCACAGACGAUGUGUUUGCCUGCUUUGCCACGCCGGCGGUCACAUGGCACCUCCUCUCAGUCGAUGGUGAUGACUACCUGACCGUUGCCCAGUCUUUGAAGAAGGAGUUCGACAGCCCAGAGAUUUCAGACCUGAAGUUUUUGGUCGACGGGAAAUGCAUCCAUGUUCACAAAGCCCUGCUGAAAAUCAGGUGCGAACAUUUCCGAGCGCUGCUUAACGAGACCGAAGAGGACGCCAUCGAGAUCCACCAGUUCUCCUACCUGGUGUACCGAGCCUUCCUCGAGUACCUCUACACUGACACCAUUAGCCUGCCACCAGAGGAUGCUAUUGGUAAGUCCAUGCUUAGGAGCACCGGGGAGCAUUGGCAGGAGUCGGUGCAGGAUUCCUCUGAUCCCACUGUGUCCUCUGUCCUGUCCUCCUUCUGUGCAGGACUGCUGGAUUUAGCCACUUUCUACCGAGAGAUGAGGCUCAAGAGGCUUUGCCAGGAAACGAUAAAGAGAGGCAUAUCAGAGGAGAACGCCAUCACUCUGCUCUCUGCUGCUGUCAAGUAUGAGGCCCGGGACCUGGAGGAGUUCUGCUUCAAGUUUUGCGUCAACCACCUCACGGCCGUCACGCAGACCCAGGCCUUUGCCAACAUGGACCACGACCUGCUCAAGAACUUCAUUAGCAAAGCCAGCCGCUACGGGGCCUUCAAAAACUGACCGGGACGCGCCCGCUCGUAGCGACGGAUUUAGCACAGAGAGGUCCCGAGAGUCGACCCUAGACCAAAGUAAACACCAGGACGACGAGGGCUUCGAAGGCUCCUCGCUGGGGGUUGUGAACACCAGAGAGGCGACGGGUUUAAGGUUCCACCGAGUUCACUGAUGUGUCCGCGUCACUGCCCUGGAUCUAGCCCCAGCGCAGCCGCCGCAUGAGGUAGAAAUACUGGGUUAAAUCACUAGAGUAGCCACAGGAGGACAGAAGGAUGUGCCACGGGUCGUCUUUCUGACACUGCUUUUCGUAACUGACGGCUAAUUUGUCGUUUGAUCGGCGGGUAAGAGGAGCGCAACAGCGACGCCUCCCAAGAAAAAAAAAACCCAACAUAAUCUGCUGCAGUACGACGUUUGUGCAUUUAAGUACAGCAAGGUGCAAAAGUCUGGAGCUUUGUUUUGGCAGGGAUGUAAUGAGCAUACGUAUUUACAUCGAAGUCUCUUGAAGGAGAAAGUCAGAACCAAAUGGCUACACCACUAUUUAGUCUGAACUCUUAACGCUACAUUCACACUGCAGGUCUUAUUAAUGCUCACUUCUGAUUUUUUUUUGCAUGGUUGUUCACAUUAUAAUUCAAACGUGACCACCAUCAGACUCCUGAAGUGACCCACAUGUGCAGACGUUUGCAGAUGUUUACAGAAGUAAAUAUGGACCUUGCCUUUUUCACAGAAUUAUGACACGUGUCGCAUUUCGAUGAUGUAAAAAGAUCAAAUGCGACGUGACCGUUCACACUGAAGUCACAUGCAAAACAUCAAAUAUGUAUCCAGUUUAGGACCACAGACAAAAGUGGCCUGGGUCUGAAUUGAAAAUCAGAAAAAAUCAGAUUAAGACUGUUCAGACUGGGGAUGUACCGGUACUCUGGAAAACCAUGUAAUGUUCAUUCUGCCCUGUACAGGACAAUCCACCCUUAUGGACCAUGGGAUUCUGGUUUUACAAUUGAUUUCUCUCUCUCUCUCUCUCUCUCUCUCUCUCUCUCUCUCUCUCUCUCUCUCUCUCUCUC